CCUCACACUCACUCUGCACCUGGGGAGGGGGAACAAGGAGCACUGAGAGAGGGACAGCCUGUAGAUUAGGGGAAGAAGGAGAGGCCCUGGGAGUGAGCUACUUAUUGAGCCAGGACUUGCGUGAGUGAUCAGAGCAGCCUGGACCAGCCCCCUGUCUUAGUCUUCAUGCUGCACACAGUCCAUGGCCAGGGAUCCGACAGGGGCAGCUGGCAGCAUGGCACAGCCCGGGCUCCACACAGGGCUCUCCUCUAAACUUUACAGCCUCUUGCCUCCCCUGCUGCUCCUGCAGGUCUGGGGCUGGCUGCCGGCGGCCGGACAGUAUAACGGCGAGAAGGGCAUCUCCAUCCCGGACCAUGGCUACUGCCAGCCUAUCUCCAUCCCUCUGUGCACGGAUAUCGCCUACAACCAGACCAUCAUGCCCAAUCUCCUGGGGCACACCAACCAGGAGGACGCGGGGCUGGAGGUCCACCAGUUCUACCCCCUGGUGAAGGUGCACUGCUCCCCGGAGCUGAAGUUCUUCCUGUGCUCCAUGUAUGCCCCGGUGUGCACGGUUCUGGAGCAGGCUCUGCCCCCCUGCCGGUCUCUGUGUGACCGUGCCCGGCAAGGCUGCGAGGCUCUCAUGAACAAGUUUGGCUUCCAGUGGCCGGAGACCCUACGCUGCGAGAAGUUCCCGGUCAACGGGGCAGGAGAGCUGUGCGUGGGGCAGAACACCACCGAGAACAGCACCCCCACACCGGUCCUGACCGAGCUCUGGACCAGCCACCCCAACAUCAGGACCCCUUACCGGGACAAGUUCUCCUGCCCCCGGGCUCUCAAGGUCCCAGCCUAUGUCAACUACCACUUCCUGGGGGAGAAGGACUGUGGAGCCCCUUGUGAGGUAAACAAGGUCCACGGGGUCAUGUACUUUGCACAGGAAGAACUACGCUUCUCCCGCAUCUGGAUUGGGAUCUGGUCGGUUCUGUGCUGUGCCUCCACCCUCUUCACCGUGCUCACCUACCUGGUGGACAUGAAGCGCUUCAGCUACCCAGAGAGACCCAUCAUCUUCCUCUCUGGUUGUUACACCAUGGUGGCCAUAGCCUAUAUAGCUGGCUUCCUCCUAGAGGACAAGGUGGUGUGCAAUGACAGGUUUGCUGAGGAUGGCUACAAAACUGUGACCCAGGGCACUAAGAAAGAGGGAUGCACUUUCCUGUUCAUGAUGCUCUACUUCUUUAGCAUGGCCAGCUCCAUCUGGUGGGUCAUCUUGUCCCUCACGUGGUUCCUGGCAGCAGGCAUGAAGUGGGGGCAUGAGGCCAUAGAAGCCAACUCUCAGUACUUCCACUUGGCAGCAUGGGCAGUGCCAGCCAUCAAGACCAUCACCAUUUUGGCUGUGGGACAGGUGGACGGGGAUGUCCUCAGUGGGGUGUGCUUUGUUGGCAUCAAUAAUGUGGAUUCUCUGCGUGGAUUUGUCCUGGCCCCACUUUUUGUUUACCUGUUUAUAGGCACUUCUUUCCUCCUGGCUGGGUUUGUGUCCCUCUUCAGGAUUAGAACCAUCAUGAAACACGAUGGAACCAAAACUGAGAAGCUUGAGAAGCUCAUGGUGAGAAUAGGGAUCUUCAGUGUUCUAUACACAGUUCCAGCCACCAUUGUCAUCGCUUGCUAUUUCUAUGAACAAGCCUUUAGGGAACAAUGGGAGAAAAGCUGGGUUAGCCAAAGCUGCAAGACUUAUGCCAUACCAUGCCCAAGUACCCAUCACCCACCCAUGACUCCGGAUUUCACCGUCUUCAUGAUUAAAUAUCUCAUGACCUUGAUUGUGGGCAUAACUUCUGGAUUUUGGAUCUGGUCUGGUAAAACUCUUAAUUCCUGGAGAAAGUUCUACACGAGACUUACAAACAGUAAACAAGGAGAAACUACAGUGUGAUCUUAGCACAUGAUGUACACUGUAUGUUUUGGGCUCUUUUUGUAAAUAAGAAGUGUAACAUUUUGUAAGUAUAUUUUGUAUUUAAAUGACAACAGAUCAUACCUUUUUAUGGUAGGAAUGUUCUAACUAAUGUUGUGAUUUUAAGGUUUAUUUACCUUAAACUCCUUUUUUAUUAUUAUUAUUAUUAUUAUUAUUAUUAUUAUUAUUAUUAUUAUUCACAAUGCCAUCUGCUUGAGGAUAAAUGCUUUGGGGAAAAAUCUUUAGAAAUAAGAACUUUAUAGCACUUGUAACAGGCUUUAUCUUUAUGCUUUAAUAAAAUACCUCGCUAUUGCCUCACUUCUCUCCCUCCCACCAGCAUAGAAAAUCCAGACCAUUUUUCCCCAAACAAUACAGAGCAGGUUUUUUUUUUAUUCAAAAUUUGUAAAGAAGGAUUGUCUCCUGCAAUCAAUGCCUCCCCUCUGCAUUUAAAGCGUUAAUUUUCUAGAUAUUUUUUUUCUUCAUACACCCUUGCUA